GCACAGUGCCGUUACACAGUGAAGUGAACGGAGACAGUUCGCAUACUUUGGCGAGUGGUGGUGGGGGGAUAGACCACAUGGUUCCCAAUCCAUCCAGAAGUAACACAAAACAUCGCAAUUUUCACGAGCCAACAGACAGCACAACCACAAUAAAAACAUUUACGCAGUUUACGGAAGUUCUUAAAAACGGCGACGAAAACGUCGUAUGUCACGUGUCCCUCAGACGUUCAUCGGAAAUAACAAACUCAUGAAUUGUUAAUAAUCGAAGUCAUUGUCGUUGACAGAACAGAGGACUGCGGAGUUAAUUAAGUGGCGAGUAUUAUUUUCCGUCAUUAUUGAGUUUUCGCAGCGGUAAAUCGAGCGGAAAAACGAAAGUGUAACGCGUGGGUGCAUCAGUUAUUCGGUUUGUCCAUGCAAUUUCGUGAUUCUCCGUGUAUUUGUAUCACGUACCUCGGGGGGUGUAAAAACCAAAAAUAGUUGUGGGUGGAACUGAUGGUAUCAUGCGAAGUGAUAACUUGAUGUAGGACAGUGCAUGCAGUGAAGUACAUUCGUGGGUAAAUUAUUUUGUUGUUAUUUAUUAUGGAGAGACUGUCGAAAAUAGCUUGUUGCUUUCGAUGGGCCUGGGGGGGUCAUCGGGGACCUCAUGCUGAGAGUGUGAGGCGUGUCGAGAGGGAUGUGGAAACCUCCAAGAGACUGUUUGGGAUUUUGGAGAGUAUUCUUUUGUGGGAGAACUCAGUCAACAGUAUUUCUGUCGUUAUUGUAUUCAAUAUCCUGUUUUGGGGGAUAGUUGUAUUGGAGAUCCGUGGUUUUGCUGCGGCCAGCAGUGCCGCGCUCGUUGUGAUCCUCUGUUACAGUACCCUCGAAGCACAAGUUGAGAAGGAGAAGGGCGCAUCGGAGUCAACAACAGCCCACCCCAAGCCCGAGAAAAUCGACAAAAUAAUCACCAAAGUCAAAUCAACGUGCGAUAGCCUGAGAACACUACGAGAGAAUCAACCUGGAGUGUUCUGCGCUGGUGUUUGCUCAGCCUCGCUAGUACUAUGGUUAAUAGGGCGUGCAAUCAGUGGAGUCCUUCUUACAUAUACGUUAUGUAUGAGCAUUUUACUGGGGCCCGUAUUAUUACUCCGAUUACCGAGUAAAAUUUGUCCAACGAAAGAAUGGGAUAAUGAGAUCGAAGAAUUUUUACCAGCAGUCACAGAGGACAAUCUGGAGGUUCUUAAGAGGGCGGGAGAGGACGGAGAUCAUUCUCCAACGCCACCAAGUGGAUCUAAGACCCCAAAUGAUCCAUUUAAUGACGACGAACUUAUUGGAUUGAAAAUGCCAUCUCACGAAGAUGGCAGCACAGAUGGUCUAGAACUCUCAGAAUUGGAAUUGAGUACCGAGGGGGACAAUGACGUUGCUGAUAUCAAAAUACAGACUGGACAUUUUGAGGGGAGUUCGUCGUCAGAUGACGAUGGUGAACUUGAAUUGAAAAAUCCAGAGACAUCGAGUAACAGUGACAACAGUGAGAGCGAAUUCGAGAUUAUUGACAGCCUCGAGAUCACUGGGCUCGACAGUAAACUGUGAAAAUUCGGGAAAUCCUGAAGAAUUCUAAGAUCAUUGUGCAUAUCGAUGAAUCAAUCCCUUAAACCAGUGAUCAAACUGCAGAAACACAUAAUUAAAUUCCCUUCAGGCUUCAAUAUUUUUUAAAAACGAAUUCUGAAGUUGAAUUAAUUAAUUUAGGUCUGGAAUUUUUUAUCUGAUUAAUUCAGAAUUCUAGGUUUUUGAGAAUUAUUCACUAUUCUAUUUUAUUUUGGAAAUAGUAAAAUUGAAAAUUACUUUACACUUUGAUUUUUAUUGAAUAUCUAAAAAAGAAAAUUACGAAAUUUCCAUUUAAUUAGAACCGAAAUUUUGAAGCUGAUUCUGCAGUUUAAUUAAUUCAUGUAAAUCUGCAAUUCCAAAUGUCCAAUUAUGAAUUACAUUUUAUUCUCAAGAUGAUAAAAUUAAAAAUGAGGUUUUAGUUCAUAAAAUUGUGAUUUUCCUCUUUUGGUGCUUGGGUAAUACAACCGUUCUUUUUAAUUUUUAUUUUGUUAGAAUGAUAAUUAUAGUAUUUCCUGAGGUGCAUCAAUGAUCUUAGAAUCGACAAAAGUGCAGGAUAGACACAGAUAACUGUGUACUUCGGAACAUUCACUUGGACCUAGAGUCAAUAGCCCGGUAUUUUCGUUCUUUUUGUUACAUUAAGAUGUUGAUCGUGACUCAACAGGAAUUAUUGAUGAUUACCUAAAUUUAGAUAGAACUAUUGAUUUUACGAAUUGAUGAUUCAAUUGAUUAUUCGUGCUCAGGAAGUAUUUUUCAAUCAGUGAUGAAUUUAUAUCCCUUAAAUUUCGAAAUAAUUAUUAUUUUCUCUCAAAAAAUUCAUUUCGCUAAAUAUUGACAGAAAUUUUGUCCUGAUUUUGGUUUUCUGACUUUUGCUCAGUUUUCAAUGAAUAUCUCAAAAACUAAGGGAGAUAUCAAAAUUUUUAUCAUAACCUUUUUUGUAGCCCUCGAUU